AUGCAGGAUAAAACACAGCAGGCAAAAACCUCAAAACAACACUCACGGACAGAAAAGAGAGAAAGAAAGAAAGGUCUCGCACAAAAAAGACAAAAAAAAAGACUCAAAAUCAUCCAGAGUUUCCUGCACUUUUUUUUCCUUCUUUUUGAGGACAUAAAGAUGGUAUUCACUCCUUCUGUCUCUCUUGCAACUGUAAAACCUCCUACUCCUUUUGUUCUUCGCAAAACUGCUGCACCCAGAAGAAGAAACAUCCUCUCUUCUUGGUCUUCUUCUUUUCCUCCUUUUCCUUUCCGACGGAAGAACGAGAAAAUCGUAUCAGUGCGUAGCAGCAGCAGUAGUGGGACGCCAAAAAGGAGUACCGGUAAAAAAAUCAUCCGCGUGGAGAAAAACAGAAGGAAAGAAGAGUUCCAAAACUGGCCGGUUUGGGGGUGCGAGCAGUCGACGUUUCCGUGGACGUACGGGCAGACUGAACAGUGUUACAUCUUAAAAGGUAAAGUGACGGUCAUUCCAGACGAGAAUCCAGAGGAAGCGGUGACGUUAGAGGCGGGAGACUUCGCGGAAAUGCAGAAAGGCUUGAGUUGCACUUGGGACGUGUUAGAGGAUGUCAGUAAAAACUUCAAGUUCGUCUGA